CCCCUCAGGCCCUCACACUAUAUUACCACUCCCAUGAUGGAAAGAGUUGGUUCCACACAAAGAUGAGGAAGGCAAAGCUACAAAAUCGGGGAAAACUUAACGGACUCACCACCACCAGCCGUCGUGUGAGCGAUCAUAUGCUACUCCCUCUCAUGUCUCCUCUUCUCCCGUGAAUCCUUUCAUGUCGAUCUCCACAUAAAAAGCAAUUUUUUCCUUAAUUUCUGUUUCUCUAAUUAUAGUAGAGAUAUAGUUAUAUACUGUAUAUAUUUAUAUACAUAUUCGCACUAUUCAGUCACACUUUUCCGCUUCGCUACCUAUAACGGCCCAACCAUAAUGAAACGGAUUGAAUCUCUUCAUUCUCUCAUUCCUUUGGUUCUUACGAUUUUGCUUCUCAAUGGAUUGCCGGCGACGGAAUCGCACAAUUACGCCGACGCAUUGACGAAGUGCUUGCUGUUCUUCGAGGGCCAGCGUUCCGGCCGCUUGCCGCCGGAGCAGAGGAUGACUUGGCGGGGGCAUUCGGGGUUGGGAGAUGGCAGGACGGUCGACAUGGACCUCACCGGCGGCUAUUACGACGCCGGCGACAACAUCAAGUUCGGAUUCCCGAUGGCAUUCACCACCACAAUGCUCGCCUGGAGUGUCAUUGAAUUCGGGCGGGACAUGCCGCCGGCGGAGUUGGAGAAUGCGUUGGUGGCUAUUAAGUGGGCCACCGAUUACCUUCUCAAAACUGUGUCUCAGCCCGACCGCAUUUUCGUACAGGUGGGAGAUCCGAUAUUGGACCAUAUGUGUUGGGAACGGCCGGAAGAUAUGGAUACACCUCGGACUGUGUACAGUGUGGAUGCCCCGAACCCGGCGUCCGACAUAGCCGGAGAGACUGCUGCCGCUUUGGCCGCUUCAUCCCUGGCAUUCCGGUCCUCCGACCCCGACUAUGCUCAUAUUCUGUUGUCAAAUGCCACACGGGUCUUCAGUUAUGCAGAUUCUUUCCGGGGAGCUUAUAGUGACAAUGCUAAUAUUAGGGGCGCCGUUUGCCCCUUUUACUGUGAUUUCGAUGGGUACCAGGCAAGUCUUAGCAAUAUUUAUGGAUUUAUCACUAUCCAAAGAAAAUUUCAGAAAUAAAACAAUGACAAAAUGCAGAUAUAGAGUCACUUUUUUGGGCUUAAUAUUGAUUAUGAAUGAUCAUGGUCAUGCAGGACCAGGGGCGGAGAUAGAGAGGGGACUCGGCCCCUGCAAGAAAAAAAUUCUUAAAUAUAUAUUAUGUAUAAAUACUUUUAAUCUACAGAAAGAUGAGUUGCUGUGGUCAGCAGCAUGGCUAAGGAGGGCUACUAAGAAUGAUACUUACUUAAACUAUCUGCACACCAAUCGGCAAACACUUGGUGAUUCUGACACUAUUAAUGACUUCGGUUGGGACAAUAAGUACGCCGGCAUAAACGUUCUCGUUUCUAAGGAAGUGUUAGAAGGCAGCGUAGAUGAUUUAGAAGCAUACAAAGGCUCAGCGGACAGCUUCAUGUGCACAUUGAUCCCUGAAACCCCCACUUCACACGUAGACUACACCCCAGCAGGCCUAAUUUACAAGCCCGGGGGCAGCAAUCUGCAGCACGCCACCCUACUCAGUCUCAUGCUGCUCGUCUACGCCUCUUCCCUGGAGCGGUCUUCCCAGACGGUCCACUGCGGAAGCGUCACCGUCAGCCCCGCCAUGCUCCGGAAAGUGGCGAAGAGGCAAGUGGAUUACAUCCUAGGCGACAACCCGAAAAAACUCUCGUACAUGGUCGGGUACGGUCACGAGUUCCCCCAACGGAUCCACCACCGCGGGUCGUCUCUGCCUUCGGUCAAGGACCACCCGCAACCCAUCGCCUGCCAUGACGGGUACGUUUUUUAUUUCAACUCGUCGAACCCGAACCCGAACCUGUUGGUCGGGGCGGUCGUGGGUGGGCCCGGGAAGAACGACGAGUUCGAGGAUGACCGCGGCGAUUUCCAGAAGUCGGAGCCCACGACUUAUAUUAAUGCGCCGUUUGUGGGUGCGCUUGCCUACUUCGCUGCCCAUCCGAGUAAGUCAUAAUGAUUUGUCCGAUUGUACAGGUCGAUUUGGUGAUUCAAUUACCGAUUCAGUAUUGCAUUAAAGUGAUUUAUUUGUAGGUAGUUCAGAAAAAAUAGUGAAGGGUCUCUCGUCUUUGAUAAGUCAAAGAGGGAAGAGUAAGUAUAUGCAUGUAACAGAUUUAGGUUACCAUCUAUAAAAGGUUUUUAUUUUAUUUCAAA